CUGCUGUUUGUCCAGCCGUCGCUUCAACAAUGCAGCUUUUAAUGGAGCUCUGAGAGGUACGAGGUGGAAACGCUGCAACACCGCAGGCUUGUCCGGACACUGUAGUCGUCAAAAAUUCAACACAGCGACAAUUGUACGGUUUGUCCAACCUUCCCGGCGCCUUGGACUCAGUUUUUAGGACAUCCUUGACUCUCCUGCUGGGGUUCCUGUGUUAAGAAGAAAGAAGUAUUCUGUUUUGGAUUUUCUGAUUGCGGGGUCAGAAAAUGAGAACAUUUGAGAUUGAAACAACGGACUCUCCCAGCUAUCUCACUUCGCCGUGAGUAGCCAUGCCUGCCCUGGAUCACCCUUCAAGGGGCCCCCCUCCCCAGAUGUGGGACUGUUUUCUUACAUAGAUUUGGAGCAACAGCUAAAUCACGCAAUAGAAAUGGCAUUAGCUUGUGUGGGCUAUGACACAUCAGAGUAUAUAUUAGAGCACAGGUGAGGCUCAACCUCAAGCCAAUACCCACAGGACUCUUGAAGAGGAGGUAAACAGCCUCAGAUGACCUUUGCGGAAGGACAGAGUUACACCUGAGAUUUAAUGAUUUAGUAUCCAUCCCACUGCCUUGUUGACAAGGUCGACUAUGGCUGUUGCUGAUCCUCAUAUCGACGGUUCCUUGGUGGGGCAAGGAACAGACUGAGUAAGGUCAACGAUGCAGCGUAACGGUGGUGGCGUGGGUGUCGGAGGCCAGCCAUGGGUGUUGCGGCGUGUGCGUCUCACGUGGCUCAGUUUCAUGCUCUUUUUCAUCCUGGUUUUCUUCCCACUUAUUGCUCACUACUACCUCACUACCAUUGAUGAAGCUGGGGGUCCGGAUAAGCGUAUUUUCGGCCCACGACCUGGUGGUGAACUGUGCGAGGCCAAACAUGUGCAGGACCUGUGCCGCAUCCGUGAAUCAGUCAGUGAGGAGCUGCUGCAGCUGGAGGCCAAGAGGCAGGAGCUCAACGGGGAGAUUGCCCGACUAAACCUACGCAUCGAGGCUUGCAAGCGCAGCAUUGACAGUGCCAAGCAGGAUCUGCUGCAGCUGAAGAAUGUCAUUAGUCAGACAGAGCAUUCCUAUAAAGAACUGAUGGCCCAAAACCAGCCUAAGCUGUCAUUGCCUGUCAGGCUAUUGCCUGACAAGGAGGACCCAGGACUACCCCCACCCAAGUCUUCACGCUCCUGCCGCCUGUGUUCAUGCUUUGACUAUGCGCGCUGUCCUCUUACGUCAGGGUUUCCUGUGUAUGUCUAUGACACAGGCUCCUAUCCAUGGGGGGACUAUCUUGACCCUCUGGUGAAGCAGGCUUUUGCAGCAUCAGUUAAAAGCAACAUUUAUGUGACUGAUAACCCCAGCAUUGCCUGUCUGUAUCUGGUGCUGGUAGGGGAGCUACAGGAGUCCUCCUCCCCACUGCCUUCCCCUGCAGAGCUAGAGAAGCAACUGAAAGCUCUUCCUUACUGGAGAUCUGAUGGACACAACCAUGUGCUUGUGCAUCUCUCUAGAAAGUCUAUGACACAGAACUUCCUGUAUAAUGUGAGUGCAGGACGAGCAGCAGUUGCUCAGUCCACCUUCCUGGAGCAGCAGUACCGUGAGGGCUUUGACUUGGUUGUGUCCCCACUGGUUCAUGCCCUCUCAGAACCCAACUUUUUGGAAGUGCCACCUCAAGUUCCUGUAAAGAGGAAAUACCUUUUCACUUUCCAGGGUGAAAGGGUGGAGUCCCUGAGGAGCAGCUUACAGGAGGCACCCCCUCAGUCAUUCGAGGAGGAAAUGGAGGGAGAUCCACCAGCUGACUACGAUGACCGCAUAAUCGGCACGUUAAAGGCAGUGCAGGAUAGCCACUUGGACCAGGUGCUGGUGGAGUUCACCUGCAAGAACCCUAGGUCAAGUUUGCCAACAGAGUGGGCUCUCUGUGGAGAGCGGGAAGACAGGCUGGAGGUCCUCAAGGCUUCUACCUUUGCCCUGGUGAUUGCUGCAGGGGAUGGACAACUGGUGGCCUCAGCAGGCUGUGGGAUGAGGCUGUUUGAGGCCUUAGAGGUAGGAGCCAUCCCAGUUGUGUUGGGGGACCAUUCAAGACUACCUUACCACCAGUUUAUCCGCUGGAGUGAAGCUGCCAUCAUAGUCCCCAAACCCCGUGUCACUGAGCUACAUUUCCUGUUGCGCAGCCUAUCAGACAAUGACAUGUUGGCUAUGAGGCGGCAGGGCCGCUUUCUAUGGGAGACCUAUUUCUCAACAUCAGAGAAUGUUCUUAACACCAUCCUGGCCAGUAUCAGAACCAGCAUCCAAGUUCCUGCUGCACCCAUCAAAGAGGAGCCAGCUCACGAGAUUCCUCACAAAGCUGGGAAGCUGGCAGGAACUGACGCCAACCUGGCUGACAAUGGUGAUCUGGAUUUGGGUCCUGUCGAGACAGAGCCCCCCUAUGCUUCUCCUCGUUAUCUCCGCAACUUCACUUACACUGCUUCAGACACCUACAGAGCAUGGAACAGAGCCCCAGGUCCUUUCCAUCUUUUUCCUCACACUCCCCUUGACCCCGUGCUGCCCUCUGAAGCCAAAUUCCUUGGCUCUGGUACUGGUUUCAGGCCUAUCGGUGGAGGUACAGGAGGCUCCGGAAAGGAGUUUCAGGCUGCUCUGGGUGGGAAUGUGCCCCGAGAACAGUUCACUGUGGUCAUGCUGACUUAUGAGAGGGAGGAGGUGCUGAUGAACUCUCUGGAGAGGUUGAAUGGACUGCCGUACCUCAACAAGGUGGUGGUGGUGUGGAAUUCACCCAAGCCUCCUUCAGAUGACCUGCUGUGGCCAGACAUCGGUCUGCCUAUUGUGGUUGUCCGCACAGAAAAAAACAGCCUCAAUAACCGUUUCCUUCCCUGGGACGCUGUGGAAACUGAGGCCAUCCUGUCCAUUGAUGACGAUGCUCAUCUGCGCCAUGAUGAGAUCAUGUUUGGGUUCAGAGUGUGGCGUGAGGCCAGAGAUCGCAUCGUCGGUUUUCCUGGGAGGUAUCACGCAUGGGACGUCAACCAUCAGUCCUGGCUCUACAACUCCAACUACUCGUGUGAACUCUCCAUGGUCCUGACAGGAGCUGCUUUCUUUCAUAAGUACUAUGCGUACCUCUACUCCUAUGUGAUGCCCCAGGCCAUCAGGGACAUGGUGGACGAGUACAUAAACUGCGAGGACAUUGCCAUGAACUUCCUUGUGUCUCACAUCACCCGCAAACCACCCAUCAAGGUGACGUCUCGUUGGACUUUCCGAUGUCCUGGAUGCCCUCAGGCUCUUUCACACGAUGACUCACAUUUCCACGAGCGCCACAAGUGCAUCAACUUCUUUGUCAAGGUGUACGGCUAUAUGCCACUGCUAUACACACAGUUUCGUGUAGACUCAGUGCUGUUCAAGACUCGUUUACCCCACGACAAGACCAAAUGCUUCAAGUUCAUCUAGCAUCAGGCUGAACGGAGAAAGAGCCAAAAUCAGAGUGGACUGAAGGACUGGAAGUAUUUAAAGAGAAUAGCAGCUCCCACUGCAAGCAGUCAUGAAGAUGGAUAUAUGGACAGCAAGAUAAAUGCACAGAGGGAAGGUUUUGGGUUAGGAUUUUGCCCAGGCAGAUAGACAAGUUAACCUAAAAAGAUGUUGGCUGGUGGUCUAAUCCACAACUCUCCAGAAAAUUUGAAGAGUGGAAGCUGAAAGGGACCACUGCCAACAAAAUAAGCCUUUUCAGUGGAUGUCACUCUUUUUUUAUGUCCUUCAAUCAUGCUCAAUCGUCAACCACUAACCACAGAUGUUAUUUGCACCUCCUAACUGCCUGCUGAGGAAAGAGGGCAAUUGUACACAGUGUACAGAAACUCUCCCAGGUUAAAGUCCACCUGACAAUGGAAUUAGUGGAUAAGUGACAAACUGAUGCUAAGCUGCGUUCGACCCAGCAGGCUGUCAAUGGUUCCAGCUCAAUGAGAAAAAGUGGCACAGCACAUGGCUGCCACUACGCUUUUUGUUUUGUUUUCCAUUUUACAGCUACAAACUGUACUUCUUGUACAUGUACGUGAGAGAAGCACUGACGGUUAGAAGUAUUUUAUUGAACUUUUUUAAACAAUGUUGUUUAAAUGUGUAAAUCUUUAUGUGGAGUGAACUUCUUCCAGAACCUCUGCCGGUGGGAGAUCAGAACGAGACAGGACCUUGUCUGAAAAGUAAAACAAGUUGGCCCAAUCAUGUUCAAGUAGUGUUUAAGUGCUUGAGAGGGAAUUCACUUCAGCGGUCACCAUAAUGCCUCAAAUUUGUCAUGAAAACCAGCCACCAUGUUGUCAUUUUGUUAUGCUUACAUGAUGUACACUCUGUGUGAGUGUUUAAACGACCUGCUUUUUAUGCUAUAGGGUGUUUACUGAUGUUUGUGAAAUUGAUCAGAGUUUAACAAAAUCAUGCCUAAAUAUAUUAAUAUUGACUAGUUAGCGGUUACACUGUCCCAAACUGAAGUGCAACAACGUCCCUGCUGCCAAAAUCGACUGAAAAUAAGCUUUGAAUUUUAAUUGAGUUAUACAGAAAGUCUUCAGUGAAGUGUAAUAUUAGAAUUAUGGUAAACAUGUAAAGAAAACACUUUGAUAUUUUCUUUUAAAUACAUUAAGUACUUUCUGGCAGCAAGUGCGAUGGAAAAUCAAUGUCUGUUAAAUUGGUGUGUUGAAUAUGAAACAGCCAACAGCUGCUUAGCUCGGCAUAGAAAAAAGACUGGAAAAGGAAGACGCUGGUCUGGCUCUGUCAAAAGGUUACAAAUACUGUCUAAUAGCACCUCUAAAGCUCACUUAUUAAUGCAUUAUUAUUCAUUUUAUGGCCAGUGACGUGUCUUUAAGCAGUUACUAGGCAACCAGUAGAGACUAGGAAGUUAAUGGUCCCAGUCAAAUAGUCCAGAACAUGUUACAAAAACAAAUUGCUGCUUGUAUUCCUGUUUUUUUUUUUUUUUUCGUUGUUGUUGUUGUUAUUUUUGUAUGGAUAAGGCAAAAGAUGCAUAUGUUAUUGUUUGAGCUUUAGAAUAUCUUAUUUUCUAUGUUUUAUUCCUGUCGUUACCAUUUCCAGUCUUGGUGUUAAGCUAUGCUAACCAGCUGCUGGCUGCAGUUGUUUAUAUGUAACAGACAGAUACAGUCAUCUUAUCAAACUCUUUCCCAGAAAGCAAGUCAACCCCAAAACACAGAACUCUUUUCUUUAAUAUACAGCCAGUUCUGACUUUGCGACAUAUGUAUGUGCUGUGCCCCACCAUGUUCAUGUUACCCCUCUGUGUAGACCUCCCACCUCAGACAGAAUUAUCACUUUUACAGUGUUGCCAUAUUGGUUUCACUUUGUCUUUUACCAUUGCUUGAUGAAUGUUUUCUUUGCCAAAUAGGUACGAUGUCUACUGCUUUACAGCAUAAUUUGCAGGGUAUACAGUGUUAAUGCUUGCUAAAGGGAUGCAGUCUGGUACACCCAUAUCCACUCUGCAUGGUACUAUACCAGGAGUCAAUCCAUUGGAGCCCAACCCAUCAUGUAAUAUAAAUCCAAAGUCCUUUAGUUGACCUUGUCAGAGUUAAUUCCUGUAAUCUGAACAAAAGACAAACCUAAAAACAUCCCCAGAUUAUGCUCUGGUUGUUAGGAUGCUUUUAUGACACAAACCUCUCGUAAGUCCAUGGUUCCUGUAUAUUUAUUGAAUAUAUUAUUAAAAAAAAAAAAAGAUUUUUUAGAAACUGGCGUGAGACAUGCAAUAAAAUGACAAGACAUUGUAGUUUAUUUUUUGUAACCACAAAGAGGUCCCAACCUGAUCGAGCCAUUCAGUUUAUGUCAUUGCCAAGGAAAACUAGCUGGUGCCACAGCUUUGGGGGACCUUACUGUCCUGAGAGCAGUAAGGUGGCUGCUUGUUAGAAUCGCUGACCUGUAACUAGAGUGUCAUGAAUUGAUCUUUCACAACAAGCCAGUGGAGACCAUUUGUCUUUGAAGCUAAAUCUUCACCUAAUCCAGGUGGCUCCUACUGUUUAGUAAUCCUACCAGUAAAACAUAAAAAUAUUGGAUCAGGUCUGUUUAUAUAAGAGCAAAAAAUGAGGAGCCAGAUGCCAUAUUAGUACAGUGAUACAACUAUGACAAGUCCAAAUUUCUACUUUUUGUUCCUGCUCAAACUUGAAAAACCAGCUUGACUCCCAACCUACUCACCACAUCUCAACACUUUUAUUGGAGCUCCAGGGGCCUCAUGAUUACCUGGCUGACUGUAAACCAGCCCUCAAGGCACAGUUUGGGUCAGCUGGUGUUUCUUCCAUCUCUGCGGUUUCCCCCCUUCAAGGAUCUGAGGCACAGCUGGUUUUCCGUGGCUCAGAGCUGGAUAAAUUUGCCUGGAAGGCCAUAGUCACUCUACUUCGUGUACAGAGUUGUGAAACUAUGUGCUCUUGGGUCUGAUCCAUGACUGUGGGCGAGGCUCCAGCCACCUGCAAUGCUGCUUGCGCUGUACCAGACUGUUGACAGAUGACAGCGUGAAACAUACCAUUGAAGGCCAGAUGAAUGGAAAUAAAAACUCUCAACAUUGUUAAAAAAAAA